AGUGGAUCGGUUCUGGGCACCGCCAUGGCUGCUCGCUGCGAGUUGUUAGACGACCUUCCCGCGGCCUGCCUGUCUCCGUGCGGUCCGCCCAACCCCACGGAGCUGUUCAGCGAGGCGCGGCGCCUGGCUCUCGAGCAGCUGCUGGCCGGCGGCCCCAACGCCUGGGAUGCCUUCUUACGGCGCGAGCGGCUGGGCCGCUUCCUCAACACCGACGAGGUGCGUGAGGUUCUGGGCGCCGCCGAGCGGCCGGGCGAGGACGGCGCGGUGGUGACCGAGGAAUCGUUCGGAUCCUCUCACGACUGCUCGUCGGGCACCUACUUUCCGGAGCAGUCGGACCUGGAACCUCCGGCGUUGGAGCUCGGCUGGCCCUCCUUCUACCGGGGUGCCUACCGCGGUGCCACGCGUGUCGAGGCUCAUUUCCAGCCCCGCGGCGCGGGCGCAGGCGGCCCGUACGGCUGCAAGGAUGCACUACGCCAGCAGCUGCGCUCCGCCCGAGAGGUGAUUGCUGUGGUAAUGGACGUUUUCUCAGACAUCGACAUCUUCCGAGACCUGCAGGAGAUCUGUAGGAAACGGGGGGUGGCUGUGUACAUCCUUCUGGACCAGGCUCUGCUCUCCCACUUUUUGGACAUGUGCAUGGAUCUGAAAGUUCAUCCUGAGCAGGAAAAGCUGAUGACGGUGCGGACCAUUACAGGAAAUAUCUACUAUGCAAGGUCAGGAACAAAGGUUGUUGGGAAGGUUCAUGAGAAGUUCACACUGAUUGACGGAAUUCGGGUGGCAACGGGCUCUUACAGUUUUACCUGGACCGACGGCAAGUUAAACAGCAGUAACUUGGUAAUUCUGUCUGGCCAAGUGGUUGAACACUUUGAUCUGGAGUUCCGGAUCCUGUACGCCCAGUCAGAGCCCAUCAGCUCCAAACUCCUGUCCAACUUCCAGAUCAGUGGCAAGUUUGACCAUCUGGCUGACCAAAAGCCACAGUCGAAGGAGCCCACACUGGGCAAUCUGCUGCGUAUCAGGCUGGCCAGACUCUCAAGUACUCCCAAGAAGACCGGCCUGGACCCAGAGGUGCCGCCAAAGGACAGAGACAAAACCAAGCGCCACGAUUCUGAGACUUCCACCAUCAGUGAUGAAGACUAUUUCUGCAGCCACAAGGACCAGCUAGAGGAGAGCAAGGUGGUUGAUGCUGCUACCCAAACAGAGCCAGGAGAAGAGAUGGCUGCAGUAAGCCUGAGCGAGGUGGGAACUCAGACUAGUUCCAGCAUGAUGUGUGCUGGGACCCAAACCACAGUUGUCACCAGGGCAGCGAGCUCCCAGGCCACAGUGUGGUCCAAGUCCACCACCACGCAGACUGAAGCUGACGAGAGCUUCCUUCCUCAGGGUGCCCAGUCUAAAGAAGAGUCACCGGCAUCCAAGAUGUCGGUGUCAAGGUCUUCCAGUUUGAGGUCAUCCUCCUCUGUGUCUUCCCAGGGCUCACUGGCAAGCUCGGUCAGCUCCCAUGUUUCCCUGUCAGGCACUGAUCUGCACACUCCCGGAUACCCCAAGUACCUGGGUCUGGGCACGCCCCAUCUGGAUCUGUGCCUGAGGGACUCCUUCAGAAACUUGAGUAAAGAGCGGCAGGUCCACUUCACUGGCAUCAGGUCCCGGCUCACCCAGAUGCUCACCGUGCUCUCAAGGAGAACGCUCUUCACAGAGCACUACCUCAGCUACAGUCCUGGGAGCUUCACCAGAGCGUCCACCAACCUGGUUUCUGUGAGGGACAUAGCACUCUAUCCUCCCUAUCAGUGACUGCUGGACUCAGCCAGCCCUCUAUCCCUGCCCCACAGAGCCUCACAUUCUUGUCCUCAGCUCCCUUCUUUCACCUGACACUGGGGCCACCUUUGCCUUUGAUUCUGCAGCACUGUUUGAUAUUUUUAUUUUUUGUUCUGUCGAAGCCAUCUAUUGGUUUAAACACUAUAGGUACUUUUCCCCCAUUUGCACAAUUUUAAUAUUCUAUCAUUACAUAGGUGUUUUAAGGUUGGUUUGAGAGAUAUCGUUUUGUAUGUGCGUGUUCUCUGACUUAAUGCUUUGAGUCACCACUGUUUUUUAAAAUCAGAAUCAUAUUUAAAAGUUAAACACUAUUGUUCCUUAACUGACUUUCUCUUGAAUAUCUGUGUUCAUAGUAUUAAAUGAGUAUAGACAACUUUUUGUUUGCUCUUCUUUCUGGCAACCCUGGUCUUUAUCUCUAAGGAUGUGUCAUAAAUAAAUGUACCAUAUAGG